CAGCCCAGCGCAGCCCAGCUCGUCCUGCAGCCGCCCCCUGCCCCGCGCCAUCAUGGCGGCGGCUCCGCCCCGCCCAGCGGCCCGGCCCAGGCAGUCGGUACAGCCCAACGGAACCCGGAACUGCUCUUCCCUCACGGCCGCGGACGGCGUGCCUUCCUGCGGGGUGGGAGUCGGCCUUGGCUUGGCUCCAGGGCUCGGUGUCCCCCACGCUUCGCUCUCGUCUCGUCUCGUCUCCUCUCCGGCGCUGAAGGUCUCUCCGAGCCGCGCCGUUGGCGCUGUGUCAGCUCCCGGGCUGCUGCUCCCGGCACAUCCCGGGACAGCACUCGGCCCCGGGGGCAGCUCUGGGCGCAGACGGAGCCUUCGGUGCCGCUUCCAGGAGAUCGGCCGACUCUUCCCAGCAGAGCAGGCUCCAGUUCAACUUCUGCCUUCCAGCUGUGAUCAUUCCAACCUACAGGAGAGCAGGAAAUGGCCGCAGCCCAUCCAUCUCAGCAAGGAGCCUCUUUGCUUGCAGGAGCCCGUGAGCUUUGCGGAGGUGGCCGUGUAUUUCAGCAGGGAGGAGUGGGCGCUGCUGGACCCUGCGCAGCGAGCGCUCUACCGAGAUGUGAUGCUGGAGACGUACGAGUGCGUGGCCUCUCUGGCUCCACUUCCAGCCCCCAAACCCGUGGUGAUCUCCCAGCUGGAAGGAGGGGAAGAGCCCUGGAUCCCAGCUGUGCACAGCCCAGAGGUCGUGGCAGAAGGCUUUUGCCCAGCAGGAGGUGGGAUCACAAAUAGAAAGGAGGAUCUGCAGAGCAGUGGUGUGGCCGAAAGGCAUUGGGGUAGUGGCUCUGUGGAAGAAAUCCAAAGGGAUGUCCAAGGGGGCCUGGAGCAAGGAGAGCACUUGAAGAAGCCACUGGGAAACCAUCCAGGAAAGAGAGUGAGGAACCCCCUGGGCUGCAGCACAGGUCAGGAGCAGCUGGAAGACCUAAGGAGCAAGGAAGGGUGCCAGAAGAAAAGGCAGAAUCGGUGUGAUGAGUUUGGGAAAAGCUUUAAGAGGUAUUCCAGCCAUGUUAACCAUCAAAGUAUUCAGCCUGGGGAGAGACUAUGCAAGUGUUGUGAUUGUGCAAAGAGCUUCCGAAGGAGUUCUGACCUCAUUGUCCAUCAGCGCAUGCACAGAGCAGAGAACUGCUUUAAGUGCCCUGAGUGUGGGAAGGGCUUCAGAAGCAGAACUGAACUCAUCUGCCACCUGCAAAUCCACAAAGGAGAGGGACCCUACAAGUGCGCUGAGUGUGGGAAGGGCUUCAGUUCCAGUUUCAACCUCAACCGCCACUGGCGCAUCCACACAGGAGAGAGAUUCUACAAGUGCGCUGUGUGUGGGAAGGGCUUUAGUAGCAGUUCUUCCCUCUACUCCCACAAGCACAUCCACACAGGAGACACAAUGUAGCAGUGCCCUGAGUAUGUGAGAAGCUUCACAAGCACUUCCAGCCUCCUUAUCUACCUGCACAUCCACCCAGGACACAGAGCCUGCAAGUGCUCCCAACAGCAUGCACCUUUCCCUGACAGUGAAUGCAUGGUUUCAUCAAGUGGAGUCAUGGUGUAGAGAGCAGGCAGCUCUUGGUGUAAAGAAGACGUGUCCCAGUGGGCGUUCACUUGAAGAUAGCACUGUGAGCCCAGCAGGGAAUAGUGCAUGUGAGUGAGAGCAGAGAAAUAUCAACUCUGGCCAUGUUCAGGCACCUGACCUUGGUUGUAGGGCAGACCCAGUCCCUCCCAUUCCCUUGCUUAUUCUGGAUGUAUCCGAUGAAAUUCUGUUUCCGUCUCCUCUCUUUUGCUUCCUCUCUUUCUCCGCUACCUGUAGAAUGGCUGCUUGGUGGCUUUUAGGAGUUAAUGGUUAAUUACCAUGAGCACAGCGUUAAGAGGACGGACGUGCUGUUUCUCUCGAGGAACAAAGUGUGUGUACCCUGACAACCAGCUGCUGCCCCUGGUAACAAAAAGGAUGCUAUGGAGAGGAUAAAAACACAAAGAGUUCUAAGGAAGAACGGGUACCUUCUCCUCUGAACUGCAGUCGUGCAGAAGAACGAGACGUCACUGAGCAACUUGCUGCCUCCUACGGACCAACGAGACAUUGCUGGAUCCCUGGUGCUGACUAUCCCCGGUCUGUAAAGCCUGUGCUAGAAUUUCUCUCUUUACCUUCGCCAGCUUCCCCGUCUCCCCCAUAUCCCUGAGUUGCUCAGAACUUGUAAUAAAUCAGUUGGACAACA